ACUACUCGGUCUGAGGGAGAAGGCGGUCCUGGUUGGGUCAGCCUGGGCUUCUUUCACUCUCCACCCUUCCCCUUUCCUGUACCGAGGAGCCAGGGCAGACAGCCACUCCAGGUAUGUGCAGAAGUCUUGGGCGGGCCCUGGCCUGUCCUGUGAGGAGGGAACAUUCCAAGAAGCAGCUUGGGGAACCAGGGCUUCUUGAAUGUGGGCCCUCAGGGACCCGGGUGUCCAGGCCAGUUCCGCCCCAUCUGGGAGAUGAAUGGGCCGAGGGGGAUGUAAUCUCUUCCAUUCUCCUUCAUCCACUGCCUCUCCCUUCCCCUCCUCCCCCUCCACUCCCUCCAUCUGCCUCCCAUCCCAGCCAGGAACCAGCACCUGCGUAGAAAAGGGGCCUCUGGAAAGGGGGCGGGGCCUUGACUCUUGGGUACCCUGCAUUUGAAGAGGAACUCUGGGAAGGGGUUGUUCAGGGAUUUGGCCCCUUCCCUACCUGCGUCUAUAACCUGUCUAUUCUUUUCUUCCCCUAGGUGGUUGCCCCCUCCCUCUCCUGAGAUGUCAGGAAGGAGGGGGCCACCUGUGUCCUCCACAGGGGCCCCCCGAAGCCUGGGGACUCCCAGCCCCAGAGCUCCGAGGUGGAGGAGGUGCUGACAGGUGCUCCGAGAGAUGCUCCCUCUCCCCUCAUGCUCCCUCCCCAUCCUCCUCCUUUUCCUCCUCCCCAGUGUGCCAAUUGAGUCCCAACCCCCACCCUCAACAUUGCCCCCUUUUCUGGCCCCUGAGUGGGACCUUCUGUCCCCCCGAGUAGUCCUGUCUAGGGGUGCCCCUGCUGGGCCCCCUCUGCUCUUCCUGCUGGAGGCUGGGGCCUUUCGGGAGUCAGCAGGUGCCCCGGCCAACCGCAGCCGGCGUGGGGUGAGCGAAACUGCACCAGCGAGUCGUCGGGGUGAGCUGGCUGUGUGCGAUGCAGUCAGUGGCUGGGUGACAGACCGCCGGACCGCUGUGGACUUGCGUGGGCGCGAGGUGGAGGUGUUGGGCGAGGUGCCUGCAGCUGGCGGCAGUCCCCUCCGCCAGUACUUCUUUGAAACCCGCUGCAAGGCUGAUAAUACUGAGGAAGGUGGCCCAGGGGCAGGUGGAGGGGGCUGCCGGGGAGUGGACAGGAGGCACUGGUUAUCUGAGUGCAAGGCCAAGCAGUCCUAUGUGCGGGCAUUGACCGCUGAUGCCCAGGGCCGUGUGGGUUGGCGAUGGAUUCGAAUUGACACUGCCUGCGUCUGCACACUCCUCAGCCGGACUGGCCGGGCCUGAGACCCAUGCCCAGGAAAAUAACAGAGCUGGAUGCUGAGAGACCUCAGGGAUGGCCCAGCUGAUCUAAGGACUCCAGUUUGGGAACUCAUCAAAUAAUCACAAAAUCACAAUUCUCUGAUUUGGAGCUCAAUCUCUGCAGGAUGGGUGAAACCACAUGGGGUUUUGGAGGUUGAAUAGGAGUUCUCCCGCAGCAACUUGAGGGUCCAGCUUUGAGCAAAGGACAUAGGCAACUUCUCCCCCCAUCUAUACAGACCAGGCCCCUGGGCAGGGUGGGGCGUGGCUGCCUCAGUUUCUACGGCUUCUUGUUUUCCAUCUGCGAUUUUGGUCGUUUUUGCCACCUUCAUCUCUGUCUCUAACUUCCAGUGUCUCUCGCCUCUGGGUAGUACUAAUAGCUCCCUUUCCAUCGUGGUCUCUUUCUUCUUCCCUGUCUCUCCCCUUUCUUGUUGUAUUUCUUCCUCACUCAUCAAAGCCCAUCUUUUUCGCUAUGUCCCUGUGCACUUCUCUCUAGAUCGCUUUCUCU